UUCUCUCGAGGAGCGCAGCCCUCAUAAAGGACGUCUCUCCAGACACUACGUUAUUUAUCCUUUAUUUCACAGGCGGAACCCCAAAGCUGCGAGAAGGGCAGCACGAAGCAGUGGCAGAAACUUCCCAGCCAGUUGUUCCUGUACGGGAGAAACAAACAGGAGAUCAUGAGAGUACAUUAAAGACACAUAAGGAAGAAGAGAAUCCUCAGGAAACAAUGGAAGUGAACGGGCUUAUGCCAGGGCUGGAUUCCUAUGACUAUGAUCUCAUUGUCAUUGGUGGAGGCUCAGGAGGUCUGGCAGCUGCCAAGGAGGCUGCCAAAUAUGGAAAGAAAGUCAUGGUGCUGGACUUUGUCACUCCUACACCUCAGGGAAGCUCAUGGGGUCUUGGAGGAACAUGUGUAAAUGUGGGCUGUAUACCUAAGAAAUUGAUGCACCAGGCAGCUUUACUGGGACAAGCCUUGCAAGAUUCACGCAAAUUUGGGUGGCAUUUUACAGAAGAAGUCAAACACAACUGGAUGACCAUGACAGAAUCUGUUCAGAAUUACGUUGGGUCACUGAACUGGGGCUAUCGGGUUGCACUGAGAGACUCGAAGGUCACGUAUGAGAAUGCGUAUGGAGAAUUUGUUGGGCCACACACAAUUAAGGCAACAAACAAAAAAGGCAUUGAGAAGCUGUACACAGCUGAGAGAUUUAUCAUUGCCACUGGUGAACGACCACGUUACCUGGGUGUACCUGGAGAUAAGGAAUAUUGCAUUAGCAGUGAUGACCUUUUCUCUCUGCCUUACUGUCCAGGGAAAACCCUGGUGGUUGGAGCUUCCUAUGUUGCCUUGGAAUGUGCAGGAUUUCUUGCAGGCCUUGGAUUAGAUGUUACUGUAAUGGUGAGAUCCAUUCUCUUAAGAGGAUUUGAUCAGGACAUGGCAAACAGAAUUGGGGAGUAUAUGAAGGAACAUGGAGUCAACUUUAUCAGGGAGUUUGUGCCAAUCAAGGUUGAGCAGGUCGAGGAAGGAACUCCUGGAAUACUGAAAGUUACAGCCAAGUCCACAACGGGGGACCAAAUCAUUGAAGGGGAAUACAAUACUGUGUUGCUGGCAAUUGGACGAGACCCAUGCACAAGAAAAAUUGGUUUGGACAAAGUCGGAGUGAACAUCAAUGAAAAAACAGGAAAAAUUCCUGUCAAUGAUGAGGAGCAGACAAACGUGCCAUAUAUCUAUGCUGUUGGAGAUAUCCUGCAGGACAAGCUGGAGCUCACACCAGUGGCAAUCCAAGCAGGAAGGUUGUUAGUUCGGAGGCUUUAUGCUGGGGCAGCCACUAAGUGUGACUAUGUGAAUGUUCCAACUACUGUAUUUACUCCUUUGGAGUAUGGAGCCUGUGGGUACUCUGAAGAGACCGCAGUGGAGAAAUUUGGGGAGGAAAACAUUGAGGUGUACCAUAGUCAUUUCUGGCCACUGGAGUGGACUGUGCCAUCCAGAGAUAACAACAAAUGCUAUGCAAAGAUAAUUUGCAAUAUUCAAGAUAACGAGAGAGUCAUUGGUUUCCAUAUCCUUGGUCCAAAUGCUGGAGAAGUCACCCAAGGAUUUGCAGCUGCUAUUAAAUGUGGGUUGACAAAAGAACAGCUGGACAGCACCGUAGGAAUUCAUCCUGUCUGUGCAGAGGUAUUCACCACCCUGUCCGUGACUAAGCGUUCUGGUGAAAACACCACUGUGAGUGGAUGCUGAGGUUAAAUUCCCCCAUUCUUGCUAUUGCCAGAGACUGACUUUCAUCACAGUGUCUGACUCCUGCAAUUCAGAUCAAAUGUUUUGGGAGAAGUCACCCUUGGACACCUGCAGAAAUGUGUAGAGCUUAACCUGGACAUUCCAUCACCCUAAGGAGAAGAGCUCUGUGGGAAUUGGUCACUUGUGGUGGCUGGCUGGCAAUUAGCAAUGCAAUGGGAAUCUUGACUGUCUGGUUGGUGAUUAGCAGGGCAUUUAAUGAAUGCUUUCAUGAAGUCAUAGCCUGAAGCCUGCAUUGUCUGGUGGGCAGUGAUGGAAGAACUGCUAGCACAGCUGGACAACAACUGUUUUGGUUUGGCUUUAUUCCUCUCUAGUUUCUCUCCUGAACAUUCCUUUCUAGGUCUUUCCAGAACAAAGAACUUCCCAACCCAGAAAAAUCCCCCUCAAGUUCAGUAAUUGUAUCAGAUAAAAUAGCUCCUGUGUUCUGGGUCAUGACACAGCAAAUGCAAGGUCUCCUCAUGAGCAUAUUCUUUACCAGCUCACGUGCCUAUGGACAGCAAGUUCUGCUUGUUUGAUCAUGAGGAAGAAAAUAGCCUUGGAAAAAAGUUUAGUACCACCUAAAAUAACAUAUUUCUUGCCUUCCAAUUUGACUCCAUUGUGACUUUUUAUUUAGAGAGCCUUAUUUGUGAAAGCAUUCUUCUCAGUCAGAAAAUCAAAUAAUUUAUUAAGGCCUUUUGAUACAGAAAGUUGUGUUUCUUCCCUGAAAUCAUGCAUAUAACACAGAUGUGAUGAUCUUAGUACUUCUUGCAGCUUAUGUGGUUUAAUGAAUCUGAUUUGGAGCUGACAGAAUUCCAAUGUUGAAUGAAUUAUACUUCCAAGAACUCUGUGCAACUUUCUUAAAUUUGAGUAAGUUUCUUUCUUUCUAAGUGAGUUGCCAUAAGCUGCACUGUUUUGAGGUCUAAACUUUGAACAGGCCACUUUGAACAAAAAAGUAUUGAGAUUUCCUAGAGAUUAGUGAGCCCUUAGAAUAAAAAAAAAGUACACAACCAAACAACACCCCCCCAAAAAACCACAACCAAACAAACCCUCCAGCCAAAGUCUGAAAACCAGUAGUGAAAAAUCUGUAGUGGACCCUAUCUACGGUCCAAAAGUUCUGUUUAGUUCUAUGUGUUCCAUGUUUUAUAUUUAAUUAAGAAAACAGUA